AUGCCAGCGGAAAUGAAGGAACAAGGUGUUACAGAGGAAAGAUUAGUACUUUUGAAGGGUGUUAGUGGCACAUUCAAACCUGGUGUUCUCACAACUUUGAUGGGUGUAAGUGGAGCCGGAAAGACAACUCCGAUGGAUGUUCUGGCUGGUAAGAAAACAGGUGGACAUAUUGAUGAGGACAUCAAGGUUUCUGGUUACCCGAAAAACCAGGAAACAUUUGCUAGAAUCUCUGGCUACUUUGAGCAGAACGAUAUCCAUUCACCUCAUGUAACAGUUUAUGAGUCCCUACUUUACUCAGCAUGGCUUCGUUUACCUUCUGGAGUUGAUUCCAAGACCAGAAAGAUGUUUAUUGAUGAAGUCAUGGACCUCGUGGAGCUGAACCUGUUGAGGAACUCCCUGGUUGGUUUUCCUGGCGUGAGUGGUCUCUCAACUGAACAGCGCAAGAGACUUACUAUUGCAGUCGAACUAGUGGCUAAUCCAUCUAUAAUUUUCAUGGAUGAGCCUACUUCUGGUUUAGAUGCUAGAGCUGCUGCAAUUGUUAUGAGAAUUGUAAGGAACACAGUGGACACAGGAAGAAUAGUCGUGUGUACCAUCCAUCAGCCUAGUAUUGACAUAUUUGAAGCAUUUGAUGAGCUAUUCCUUAUGAAGCGUGGAGGGCAAGAAAUAUACGUUGGACCACUUGGUCGUCAUUCUGUUCAUUUGGUCGUCAUUCUGUUCAUUUGGUCAUGUAUUUCGAGAGUAUUGAAGGGGUGA